GUUGUUCUUAUGCUCGCCGGGGUCUUUGUCGGUCUUCGUUUCGGGGCUCGAUAUACCUGUGGAUUCGUUUACGGUAUGGACGAUUGGGUACUAGUCGCCGCCCUGCUUUGCUUGCUUGUGUUGGGUGGCUUCAACCUCACGAUGAUGCAUUAUGGUCUGGGAAUGCAUGCUGCAGAUAUAGAUAGAGAAGACCUUUUCCUGAUCUACAACUAUCUGGUAGCCUCUCAGUGCGCGUACUUGGUGGCAUUGCUGCUUGUCAAAACCUCCAUCUUGCAGUUAUAUCGGCGCAUAUUUCCCUUCAGCAGAAGCAUACAGUACACCAUGUACUUCAUUGUUGGAAUGAUGGUAGUUUGGACUAUCAGCAUUCUCUGCUUAUCUUUCUUUCGAUGUAAACCGAUCCACAAUACAUGGCUCCCUCAGAUUGAGGGGACUUGUGCCGGUUCGGGACCUUUGUGGACCCCGAUCUUCAACAUUAUUACCGAUGUUGCCAUCUUGACUUUGCCCAUAAGCCAGAUUAUCAAACUCCAGAUCGACAGGACACAAAAGGCUUGGUUGUGCGUCGUGUUUCUACUUGGCGGCUUUGUUAUUUUUGUCAGCACGCAUACAUUCAUCCUUGGCAUGAAAGUCAAUGAAAUCGACAUUACAUGGACCCUAUUGCCCUCGCGGACUUGGUGCGCAAUCGAGACUUCUGCGGCUAUCAUUAGUGCCUGUCUGCCUACAAUGGGACCUCUCCUGGGGAAGUUGAACCAGAAGAUUGGAACUUGGGGAUCCAAUCGGAAGGCCAACCCGACUCCAACGGAACUCAUCACUAUCGGUGGGACUGGUGCCAAA